AUGACGACUGCCCACAGACCCACCUUCGACCCGGCGCAAGGCAAAGAGGCCCUCCUCGGUCCAGCAUACCACCAGCGCCUCCUUCCUGCACACAAACACCUGAAAGUCCGACAACCCGGACAAGGUGGUGACGCCGAUACCGAUGUUCGUGACCUGCGCGCAGAGCUUCUGAAGGCCGAGGCCGCACACUUUGCCAAGAAGAACGGCGGUUCCGUCGACGACACAGCUGCUGCUGACGCGACCCCGAAACGACAGCUCGAGUCCGCCCCCGCGGAUUCUGAGGCCGGGGAAGGUGAGACUGAGGACCCGGAGGCGAAACGGCGCCGAAUCUUAGAAGAGACACGCGACCUCGAUGCGGACUCGGACGGGUCAGAAGAAGAUAGCAGUGAAGAGGAGGAUAGCGAUGACGAUGACGACGAGGCUGCGUUGAUGCGCGAGCUGGAAAUGAUCAAGAAGGAAAGAUUGGCACAGAAGGAGAAAGAGGAACAAGAACGCGCAGCCGAAGAAGAGGAGCAACGAGAAGUUGACAUUGCUCGAGGGAAUCCACUUCUCAACACACAGGACUUCAACAUGAAGCGACGAUGGGAUGAUGAUGUGGUUUUCAAGAACCAAGCUCGAGGCACGGAGAACAAAGAUGGCAAGGAGUUUGUCAACGAUCUGCUGCGUUCCGACUUCCACAAAAGAUUUAUGUCUAAAUACGUUCGAUAA